GACUCUUGUGGUGUCAUGCAGGUAACAGUGGAGUCUGCGUCCAUUCCUGUGAUCAUUCUUCCUGCUGAUAGGCUCCUCACUAACUGGCCCGAAGCUUCAGAAUACAGAGUCAGAGUGGAUCUGAACACCUCUGCUGCCAACAUAGCUCAAUGCAAUCUAGACCAGUGGGAGGUCAUUGAGGAGAAACUACAUCCCGAGGCAGAGCUACUGUGCUCUUUACACUUUGGCGCCCCCUACCUAGAGAUAAGAAUACUGCAGGAUAUCUUUCACUCAACACCCUUCUACAAUACAGACACAGCUCAGUACAGCUGCAGGAUCUCUGUGCAGCCCCAGUCAGACUCCAUCCUCCAUCUUCUGUCCACUCUGCCUGUCUCCAUCUAUCUGUCUGCGUGUCUGCAGACUCAAUCAGCCCCAGCUGCCCUGCCGUCACUUCCUAACUCACCCCCUUCUUUUCAAUCUUCUGUUCGGCUCCAGUAUGUGCCAGCGUUCCAUUGUCCUGUCACCAAGAUCAAACUGUCCUCCCAGCAGCCUGUGGCUGAAAUCACAGUGUUUGGCACCCCAGACAUGCUCAGUGCACUGAGGGUUCAGUCAGACACAACAGACAUUGUGUUGUCUGAUCCGGUCCGGUCAGAUGAAGACCCCACCCUCCUCCUCAUUAGAGUCUAUUCAGCAUCACAUUUCCUGGAUCAGGUACCCUCUACUGCAAGCAUUACCCUGUAUACAGAUCUUUCUCCACAAACACACGUCGUGAUGGUGACUAGAGUGAUGGACAGCCAGGAGUCAGGUUAGAGAGCAACAAACACACUUCUCGCAAUAUUCUACCAUUCAACAGU